AUGCCUCCUUACUUGAAGUUCUUUGUUAAAGCUCUAACAAUGAUCAAUAUGUGGCCUCAAGAAAGCAUCUCGACUUUUACAAUUAAACAGUACUACGUCAGUGCGAUUACCACCAUUACUACUUUUCCAAUAAUCGCUGAUUUAGUGGCCCAGUUUCAGGAAGAAAACAUCUCCUUUACGAAUAUAAACGAAAACUUUGUGGCUCUGAGCGCCCUUUUCGGCGUCAUUUACGUCUCCUUGUGCUUCAUAAACAAAAAGAAAGAAAUCAAAACCCUAGUUCAAGAUUUGGCCACUUUUGAAAAUUAUAGCCCAAAAUCCUUAAUCCAAAAAACCGACGAGUCUCUUGAAUUCUACACUAAGUUGUUUAUCGUUUAUGGAAUUGUGGGCAACGCCUGUUACGGGCUAUUGCCCGUUUUAAAUUACGACUACUGUCAAAACCAUAAACCUAGUCAUAUGGUUAAAUACGGAAUACCUUGUGGGCUAGUGGUCAGGUUUCUACUACCUUUCAAAUGCGACUACUUUCCACUAGCUGAACUCAUUGCGUUGCAUGAAUGUGCAAUCUGUAUGUUGGGAACAACCGUAAUUAUGGUCAUUACGAUGCUAAUUUGUGGGGUUUUGAUUCAUACGACGACACAAUUAAAAUAUUUCAGGAAAAUUAUUGCAGGACUUACAACUCAAUAUGAUACUGAAACCCUGGAAAAAAAGAUGAAAUUUUGCGUUAAGUUCCACACCGCAAUUAUAGAUUAUGCAACCAGGGCUGACAGCUGCUUCACCCAGAUGAUGCUACUCCACAUAACCUGGACAGGCUUUGUAAUUAGUGUGCUAGGUUUCGAAAUCACAACCACUUCUAACUACAUAGAAGCCGUACGAUUUUUAAUGCAUUUAUUAGGCUGGUUAGGAAUGUUAUUUCUUGUGUGUUACCACGGACAAAACCUUGUGGACGAGGUACUUAACACACGAAAUUAUAUAAUAAACCUGAGAACACGAAUAGUCAGUCAAUUCUUCCAGAGCCUAGCAAUAUCAGACGCCAUCUACUCCUUCUACUGGUACAAAAAAGAAGUAAUUGUCCAAAAAUACGUCCUUCUCAUUCUACUACGAAGCCACAAACCUUUAACCUUGAAGGCUUGCGGAAUGAAAGUAAUGUCACUCGCUACGUUCCUAGCGGUCAUGUAUUCAGCCUAUUCGUACUUCACCCUCCUCCUAAAACUAACCUAA